CGAAACACUCCACGAUGUGAUACAAUGGACAGAUUCAAUGGAAUAUUACUUGAUGAGCAUGAUUCCGACCCAUUUGCCCUUCAUGAUCUAUGGCGUCCGUCAGUAUUUACAGAGCUCGACACACCUUCAUCUAGUCGACUUUUCCCCAUAGCUGAUGAAAAAAGCAAUCAGCUGGUCCUGAGACCCUCCGAGUCUCUUAAUCUCUUGCUGCCAAAAUUAGAUGACUUCAAAUAUGGACUUUCAGGCGAUCGAAGCUCUCCCCGGACUGAUCCCGAAGAUUUUGCCGUAGCUGCUGAAGACAAGUCAACGGAGGAAGAAUACUGCAAAGGAGAAGAUAUAUGGAGAGAAUCAGACGUCAUUACCUCAAGGGCUGCAUGUCGGAGAUAUCAUUGUUGGGAAGCCUCAUUAUCCGAGGCGUUCGAAUACCCAGGGACGCCAUAUAUCACUGAAGCUGGAGCUGGUGCUUUCGAUGCAUUAUUACUUUCGACAAAAGAAACUUCUGAGUCUGGAAAAAUUGUGGAAAUCGAAAUAUUCAUCAAAUGCCUGACUUAUUUGGGCCUCGGCCAAAAUUCCCUGCUAUUUUCUUUCGACGAAUAUGCUCAAUCCUUUUACCCCAAAAUUCCGGGUGCCCAUCCGGCUGGAUACAGCAGCACCAGCUUCACAAGCCUUAUAGGAGAACUUCUUCGAUGCGGAAACCAGAUGAGGCGCCUAAGGGGCCUGGCAGGCACCGGAUUCUUCAGGGGCUUGGCAACUGGCAUGGCACUGGCGGAUGCGAUAUCCAUCGCGGUUUCCACAUUACAAAUGCAAAUGAGUGUUGACGCGACAAAUAUCAACACCAUUGUUGAAUUGCAUCGAUUCUUCCAACGUCCGAAACUUAUGCUUAGUUGUAUGGAUGAACUCGUUUCUGCAGUCUCCGGCCUCGAGACCGACUCGGCUGUUUUAGAAAGUCUUUAUAUAGCCAUUCAGAAGAUUGAAUCCAAACAUGCCUGGCUCCGAGGCACCGUCAUCGAAAUUUUUACACGUGUCUUCCAGCCUUGGCUGGAAUUUGUCGAGUCAUGGAUUGGACUUCAUCGAUCUGAAGGUUUGGUCGACUUUGCACUUGAAAUGGAGAACACCUUUGUCAAGCGUGGUUCCGAUAUUCGCGCUGCUGAGUUGGCCGGAUCCUACAAAUACACGGACUAUCAUCUAGACAGAAAAUUAAUGCCGAGUUUUGUACACGCAGAGGAGGCAGAAAUAAUUUUCGAGACCGGAAGAGGACUGAGACAUCUAUUGAAUCAUCAUCCGGACCAUCCACUCGCAAAAGUUGAGCUGAGUUCGACCGUUGAGCCCCCCUGCUUGCGCUGGAAAAUAUCGUGGGAUAUUGAAAGUGUUGAAGCGAGAGCGAAAGAAUACGAGCAGAAUCUGAUGAAAGAAAUUCGAAAGUAUUCCGCGGAAUUAGCGGCCGAUGAUCCCAAUGCAGGAGUGAAUAUCACAGCUUCAAAUGGCCCUCAUUCCGUGUUCGAGAUUUUUGGCCGGAGCCAGGAAGAUAUACAAGCUCAGAUAACGGUCUCCAAUGGGCUUUUUGAGCGCCCCCUGCUAUCCAUUCAGAGAGGAGCCGACGGAGGCUUGGGGGAAGCUUUACUGAGAGAUCUCGAGUCACACACCGAAGCUGAAGAUGAUUCUUAUCCUUUGCACCCUCCUAUAUCAGCGGGCCCACUGCUAUCUUUCUAUCCUAUCAUAUUAGCACAAUCACGUUUGAUAAACACAUGCUGUCUUCGCAUGAUUUUUAAGGAGUAUGAUCUGAAGCUCCAUUUAUCCCUACAGCGCCGUUAUCAACUUUUCGGAGAUGGUUUAUUCUCUUCGCGACUUACUCAAGCUCUUUUCGACCCUAAUUUGGAGUCAACUGAGAGAAGGCGCGGGGUCUCAUUUUCUGGUGGCUUGAUGGGGCUCCAGCUGGGGAGUCGGGAGAGCUGGCCUCCUGCAAGCUCGGAGCUUCGCCUUGCAUUGAUGGGAAUACUUUCUGAAACCUAUCAUGUUGGCGACCAGGCUACAGAUUCUUCGGGAGCUGGUUAUCUGGGCCGUACGAAUGACCUACCAGGCGGCCUAAGCUUUGCUGUGCGAGCGGUCCCCGCUGACGGCCUUGAGAAAAUCAUGAACCGGGACGGCGUUGAAGCGCUAGAUUUUCUUCGACUAUACUAUCAACCCCCUUUGGCUCUUCAACCCGUCAUCGAUGAUGUCAGCCUGGACAAAUACGAUUGCAUAUUCAAGCUUCUUUUGCGUGUCCUGAGAUUGGUAUACUCCGUUAACCAGCAUCGACGAGAAAUGAUCAUUUGCGCUUCGAAUCGCAAAUUCGGUGCACUUGAGCAACGUUUCAGCAUCGAAGCUCAUCAUUUCGUCACCAACGUCUUCGCCUACUUUCUCGAGAUAGCAAUCGAUAGCACGUGGCGGAGGUUCGAGGCUAAACUGGAGGAAAUCGAGCGCGUCAUUGACCAAGAAGACUCAUACAUUACAGGCGGCAUCCAUAAGCUACGGCAAUAUCACGAGCGAACACUUAACCGAAUCAUGUUCUCUCUGUUUCUUCGGAAGCGUCAGCAAGAGGUUAUGGAUCUCCUAACGAGCAUAUUUAGCACGAUUCUCCGCUUCGCAGCCCUCCAAAAUAGUGUGACACCUAGGAACGAAGGUACACCAUCAAGGAAGAAAGAAGUGCAAGCUCUAUAUUUGGACUUCCAGAAACGAGCUUCUCUCUUUAUAACGGUUUGCAGAGGGCUAAGUGAGCGUAGGGGGUACGGGGAAAGGAAGGCAAGCCUGGAUAAUGAAGACGAUUUGUUCGGCAUAGAGGACAAGAGCGAGGAUGGGGGAAACACUAUUGGGCACUUGGUGCUCCGGCUAGAUAUGAAUAAUUAUUACAGCACAAGACGACAUUGAUAAACAAUGAUACCCGCAUAUAACUCAUCUGAUAUUUGAGACAUAGUCUAAUCGGUUACUGAAGGCAAAAGAG